AUGCACCACGCGGCACCUAAUGGUUCCGCCACGUACGUCGACGACAUGGAAGACCAAUUCGAAGACGCAGUCGAGUCCCAUACCCACUCCAACACCCACCAGCGCAACUCCACCGGCGCUGACAGCCUGGAAGGCGCCAGCUCUCCCUUUGUCGCCAGCGUCGACGACCAGAGCCAGUCGUCCAACCAGGAGAAUGUCUCGCCUUCUAAGGACAAGCGCCGCUCCAGGAUCAUGUCCGGCUCCGAGAUCUCGCCCCUCAAGAUGCUGCAGCGCUCCAGCACAGAGGGCCCAAUACCAGAGGCCGACGAGAAGCUGGCCCCGCCAGCGCCCAAGAGCCCGCGAAAGUCCGUCUCUCCCAUGCGCCGUUUCCCCGUCAAGAUCAACUCCAUAGACUCCACCACGCGGUCGCGGCCGCAGUCCAUGCAUGCUGCACCACGCGAGCGACACAUGAGCGAGUCGGAUGCCGCAUCGUCUCCGGCCCCGUCACCAGUAACAGCAACAACAACCACGAAUGGAACGACUCAAGAGAAGGAGAUGUCCCUCGAGGAGGCGAUUGCACAAAAUCCAGGUGUCAAGCACGCGAUUGAGAUCUUCGAGGACUCCAUCAGUAGUAUAGAUGAUGACGACGACGAUGACAGUGGUAUUGAUGAGGAAGGCGGCACCGUUAAGGGCCCCAUGGAAGCCCAAACUCCCCCAAGUGACAGCCAAGACGAGACUGCAGGCGAUGAGACCAUGAUGAGCACCUUUAGCAACUUCUCCGCCAUUCCCAACAUGACCACCUUUGCCCGUCUGGGCGGACGCACGCCAACGCAGAUAGCACGGGAAGACCCACGCCGCGAGUCCACAACCACUAACCUGCUCGACUUCACCGACAACCUGCGCUUCCCAGGCGGAGGCCGUACCUCCCCCACAAAAAACCUGAACAUGGCAGACGCGAAAAAGACACCUCAACGACAGAACAUCGCGAACCUGCUAGACUUCGAUAUUCCCCCAAUGCCUACGCCACGCAGCCUUCCAAGUAUCAGCGCUCGGGAGUUGGAGAGCCUAAAGUCCAACUUCAUGUCCGAGAUCAGCAGCCUGAGAGCAACAUUGAGUGGGAAAGAUGCCGAGGUCAUCUCGUUAAAAACAGCCAUGACCGAGGCCGAGAAGCGGGCCAGCGAGUCAAUGGAACACCUGCGUGAGGAGCGCAGCCUGAGGGAGCAGUACGCCGAGGAGAAAGACAUGUGGGAGAAGCGAGGCCGAGAGAUGGAGACGGUGCUGCGCCAGGUCAAAGAGGAGAUCAUGACGACAAGCCGAGAACGUGAGGAGUUCGAGUCCAAGCUCGAGGAGUCCGAGGGCCGCCGCGAGGCCGCCGAGAUGAUGGCACAGGAGGCAGAGGCCAGGAUGGCUUCCAUGCGCGCACGCGAGGCCAGUGCAGAGGCGGCGGCCUCGCCAGGCGGUGUCAAGAGCCCCGGCAGCAGAGCGUCCCAACGCGAAAUAGAGGUUGCGGUGGAAAAGGUGGCUAGGGAGCUCCACGCCGCGUACAAAAAGAAGCACGAGGACAAGGUUGCUGCGCUCAAGAAGACCUACGAGGGACGCUGGGACAAGAAGAUUAGGGAGCUCGAGGGCAAGAUCGAGGCCCUGAACAAGGAGAACGAGGAGCUCAAGCUCGGACGCGACGCUACCAUGACCAAGGUGGAGUUCGAGAGGGCCGCGCUCGAGGAGGAGCGCAAGGCACAGGCCAUCAAGGACUCAGCGCAGAUCAAGGAACUGCAGGCCGAGGUAGAGAAGCUCGAGGCGGUGGUCCGCACCGUCCAGGGCGACAACGCCGACCUACGACAGCAGCUCGAGAGCGAGCGCGUCGAGAAGGGCGAGCUCGUCACCCUGGCCGAGGAGCUGAUGCAGAUGCAGGCCCAGCAGACCCUUGCGGCGCAGACCAACGGCAACGACCAUCAGCAGCAACAAAAGCAACAUCACGAGCAACCUGCCCAACACCACAUCCCCGCCGUGACUCCCAAGCGCGUCCCACAGCGCGCCUCGGCGCCCCCACCGGCCAGGAGCAACACGACCGCGGGCGGCUUCUCACGGCCCUCGACCAUGACGCCCAAGAAGGCCGGCGGCGCCAGCCCCAGCGGCAUCCCCGGCACGACCAAGUCAGGUUACCGCAACAGCAUGAUCGGGCGACCUGGCGGCGGCGGACCCACUCUGUCGGGGCUAAAGCCACCCGGGCAGCCCAAGAUCGGCGGCGGCGUCACCGGCAUCGCCCCCGCGCACGGCCGGACGCAGAGCAAUGUCACCGGCAUCGCGCGGCCUGGCAGCGGGCUCGCGAGGCCGGGUGGGCUGAUGAGUUCCAUCCAGCAGAUGGGGAGCUAUCGCGGCCGGGGCGAGUAG